AUGGGAUGUAGUAAUGCAAGAACGGUUACAAUAAAAGCAAAUGGGACUGAAUUGUUUAGCCAAAAUCAGUCAGAAAAGGAAGCCAAACCAGGUGAGAAACAAUGCCCAACUAAAAUUAAGAGGAAGAUCCAAGCUGACCCUGGCAGGGAAAACCCCUUUGAUAAACAACCACAACUCAGUCGGGAUUUAGGAUCCAGAAGGUCAAAGUCUUCACAAUAUCGAGCAAAUGAGGAUAUUCAGAAGAGUCAGUUUCUCGAGAGGCCAGAUAAGAAGUUGAUCUGUGGUCCUUUAAGAAGUACAAAUGAGCUAAUACGCAAGAACUGAAAUAAAAAUCACAGAAAAGUAGGCAAUCUCCGGAAGGGAAUUAACCAAAGGAAUGACUUACAUAACUCGAAAGAGCAAGAAGGAUUUCCAAAUGUUAUAGAAAAGAGUGGAGAUAUCAACGCUUUAAUCAAUGAUCUUGCUACUGAUCAAGACAAUAAGUUAUACCAGCUAAGAGAGAAUGGGCGAUAUCUCAAGAGCUCAGUAACUGUCAGUAGGCUAGAGGGCAAUCUUGAUGGCAGCGAGUUAAUAUUAUUUGACCAAGAAGCUUCCUCUAAUUUUGAUAAAUCAGCUGAUAUGAGGCUAGUCAGCAAAGAGGAAUCAAUAAACUACAUAAAGUUCACCGAGAAAGGAAUUGAAAGCUAUGUUGGUAGCAAAAGUUUCUAUCCUAAAAAUGCGAGGAAUGUAAGCCCUGCUUUAUCGUCAUUUGAAUUCAAGAGCAAACAUAGAGACACUCAGCAGGAUAGCUGACGGAAUUAUGACCAGGAGCUUGAUCGGUUAUUAAGUUAA